AUGCGUUCAGUUCUGUGCUGUAUGACCUUGACGGCAUCCGCAACGGCAUUUGCUCCCGCGCAGACGGCGUCCUCUUGGUCGGCUGCGUUGGCGGCAGCGAGCUGGCCUGAAGCGGAUAUAGGAAGCGGAGUCUCGUCGACGGUCGAAUCGACGUCACCUCUUCCGAAGGAAAGCAACCAAUUGCAAACAUCUUCCCCACGGAAAGGAUCCGUCAUGUCACAAAGUUUACCCUUUCUGGUAUGCCCUUCGGCUCUAGCAGACUGUAAUGAGCUUGCCGGGAACGUAGGGUUUGAUCCGUUGGGUUUGGCCAAGAACAAGGAACAAUUGUGGGAAUUCCGAGAAGCGGAGAUUAAGCAUGCUCGUCUUGCUAUGUUGGCCGCGGCUGGGUAUCCCUUAUCCGAAUUGUAUGAUCGGCAGAUUGCGGAAUACUUUAACAUGCAGGCAUUGGUCGAUGGUACCGACAGGGCACCUUCAUUUCUGAAUGGGGGUCUUGAACGCGUCUCACCUGUGUGGUGGGGCUUCUGCCUCGGUAUGACGGCGGCGAUUGAUCUUUACGGAGUUGCCAAGGCGCGAUCUGGAGACCCUACAUACUUUCCUGGUAACCUGGGAUUUGACCCCGUAGGUUUGUACCCGAGUGACCGAAAAGGAAGGAUGCGCAUGGAAUUGGCAGAAAUCAAGCAUGGCAGGUUGGCAAUGCUUGCCAUUGGAGGCUUUAUCGUACAAGAAUACGUCACUAAGGUGGGUGUCGUGAAGGAGACGCCUUUCUUCUUUGUGCCGUUUUCGGAAACCAUGGAGCAGAUGGGUUUUCUGUAAAAGUUCGAUUUUUGAAAACCGAUAAGAGCGGCUUGUGUCUGAGUGAAGGAGAAGCAACAAUGUUUUUACAUAGUUUCAUGGUGAACGCAGGUUUAAAAUAGAACUGACAGUGAGCGGCCUGUGCUACAGAAGAAGGCGAGAUCAUUCUUGACCAUAAGACCAACAUAUUUCCACCUGUCAAGUAUUGAGGUAAAUAGGAGACAGAUUCAAACGACUGUUCUUUAGAGAGAUAACUGUAAGAAGUUCACAUGU